AUCCGGGUGGCGGGACGGUGGUCAAGUCAAAGUCAAGGUAUCCAAGGUCCAGAGGAACGGGGAAAGAGAGAGUAGUCGCCUUUCUGUCCAGUUGAGAUAACUUCAGGGAGCCAUUGAAGGAAUGGAAUCUGGAAGUCGAUCAAAUAGGCUGGGCAAUCAAGGUCCUAGGGGUGAAUGUCCAAUGGAUGGUGUGUCGAGAUGCGAGUGGAAUAUUAAUCUCCUUGUCCUUUGUGUUUUGUUUUUUUUUUGCCUCUCUAUUAGUGGGGGGAGGCGUGAGAAACCAGUGGCAAUCCGAGCGGAAGUGUUGUUGUACAGCCAGGGAUGCGCGAUCCAGAAGAUUGAAGAUGGUAGAUCCGUAUAUAAGUAUAGAAGGAAAGAAAGAAACAAGAAGCUGAUACACCGAUCGAAAGGGGGAGGGACAGAGACUAAAACAGAACGCGGAACCAGACACAGACAGAGAGGCGGGGAGAGGGAGAGGGAGAGAGAGAGAGAGAGAGAGAGAGAGAGAGUUGGAAGAGGGGGGAACGGGCGAGGGAAAAGGAGAGAGAGGAAGGGAGGGAGGGAGAGGAACGGGAAAAUCAAUACGGGGAAGGUAGAAUAGAGUAGGGUAUGUAGAGGUCAAGGAGGUAAAAAUAAGUAGUCCAGCAGUAAAAAUAAAUACUAGGAAUUACUAUGCGUAGGACUAAAUGGGCGGGAUGACAAGGAGGUGGUGAAUUUAAUUCCACGCAGUUUAGACUCGUGGCCAGAGCCACCGCAGCGGUUCCCAGGCGAAUCACACGGAAUUGCAGACCUUCCCUAAGAACCCCACACUCCACUCGACU